AUGAGCUCCACCUCACAGCCCAUCAGCUCCACCUCCAUCACACAAGGCAUAAGCUCCACCUCACAGCCCAUCAGCUCCACCUCCACCUCACAGCCCAUCAGCUCCACCUCCACCACACAGGGCAUCAGCUCCACCUCACAGCCGAUCAGAUCCAGCUCCACCUCACAGCCCAUCAGCUCCACCUCCACCACACAGCCCAUCAGCUCCACCUCACAGCUCAGCAGCUCCAGCUCCACCUCACAGACCAUCAGCUCCACCUCACAACCCAUCAGCUCCACGUCGCAGCCCAGCAGCUCCACGUCACAGCCCAGCAGCUCCACAUCACAGCCCAGCAGCUCCACGUCACAGCCCAGCAGCUCCAUGUCACAACCCAUCAGCUCCACGUCACAACUCAGCAGCUCCACGUCACAACCCAGCAGCUCCACGUCACAACCCAGCAGCUCCACGUCACAGCCCAGCAGCUCCACGUCACAGCUGAGCAGCACCCCGCCGCCUACUAACGUGCCUGAACCAGGCUGGAAGGUGCUCGCUGCCAUCCUGAUCACAGUCCUGGGUUUGGUGCUCCUCAUUUCCAUCGGUCUGCUCAUCUAUUGCUGCCGCCUUCAAAGGCAUCAGAGGUGGAUUUUGUGAUCCGACGACCUGGAAAUCCUUCAUGAACAUCACCAUCACAUGGAUCAUUAUGUCUACUGUAUAUGGGUUAACGUAAUUUAAUUAUUUAAGGUAGCUUGUUAACCACUUUGCGUAUUAUGUUGAUCAUUGGGUCUUCGCAUAAUUUAUUGUAUUGGUGUAAUGUGCAAGAAGUUUAUGUAAAAUGUACAUAUUCUUUAUUUAAAUUGCAUGUAAUGCAAAGAUUUUGAUUUAAACACCAACGCAGUGUUUAUGUAUAUUGUUGCUGUUUUUUCCAGGAUUUUUCUGUUGCGCGUAGCCACUUUAAGAUGUGUCUUGUUCAUGUUUUUGUUUUUGUUGCGGUUGCACCCGAGUCAA